GGCGAAGUUCAUUGUUUCAUUCUGGUCAUUCUUACACUGCACCUUUCUUGAUUGCUCAUGGCAAGCUAUGGGGUCCGCUCGCCGCCACCGUUGCCUACGGAUGCACCUUCUCCAAGACCACAGUUUGAUUCGGACACACUAAAGACAUACAUAAAGAAGCUGCUCUCAACGACCUUACAGAACGAGUCAUAUCCUGCACCACGAGAUCGAGAUAAGAUAAAGGCAUGGUGCAAGGAGAUAGGUGAGAGGGUGAAGGAGCAGAUGCUUGAAAUUCAGCCGAGAGGAUUUAAAUAUAUCGUACUCACACGGAUCGACGAGAAUUCUGGUCAAGGCCUACACGCCAACCUCAACUGUCAUUGGGAGGAAUACGAUACAGUUGCCCAAGAAAUGUUCUCAAACGAUUCUUUAAUCUGUGUUUGUGUUGCCUUUGCUAUCCGGACAAUAUAAUUGAUACCUACUCGAUUUUUCUGGAUGUAUUACGAGACAUCUCUUAUGCGAUUUGCAGAUAAGUAUACC